CACGUAACGAAUUCAACCAUAUGUUGUGAGCAACUGUGAGCAGCUGUGUCAGUUUCAUUCUAGCCGCGGUUCCGUACACCCACUCGGUUAGUCUUCGCGCCGAAGGAGAGAAUGCUUUGCAGAAAUGGAUUUCCAUUAUCAAUUAGGAACUGUUUCUUGGUUUUCCUGGCGGUGUCUUUGGCCCUGCUGUGCUUUCUGGUUCACUUCCCCAAGAACUCCUAUCAACCUAAUCUCCAGAGGAUAAAGCCGCCAAUGCCCGAAACCAUCCAGCUAAAGGAUUCGAUAUUCAAAAAAAACUGUUACAGCUAUUCUAAUAUCGUUGCAACCAAUAUGUGUUGCAAGAUGUUGAAGUAUGAUUUCCCACUCAUUGAGAAAUGUUUGAAAACUUUCAAUGUGACACGGAAUAUUCCAAAACCUACAGAAAAUUCUCAAAAUUUGAACUCCACCUCAAAAGAAAUCAUCCACAUAGUUUUGAUUGGAGACUCUCACAUGCGGUACCUGUUCAGUGCUGUGUCCCUCCGGCUUGCUAGCCCAGACCUACGAUACAGAAAGAAAGAGAGCAAGAAAUGGAGUUACGGAACGACUGCCCUGAAGAAGAUGAGAAACCAGCACUUGGUUACCACACUCGAGACGAAGCACUUAACACUUCCCAUCCGUGUCACCUACCACACGGAUUUUUUCCUUGAAGGGUUACCGCGCAUCAUGGACCUCUGGGAGAAGGGGAAAGAAAUCAAGCCAACUGCCAUUUUCAUGGACUCUGGUCUUCACUUCAUGACAAAGCGCCCCGACUUAAAGGCUAUCCCAUAUGAGAAAUCACUCAUUAAGCUGAAGCCUUAUUUCACCCGACUAGCCGCCACUGUGCCUGUCUAUUACAAACUCACUGAUGAUCUGCAGGCCGCCAGGCACCAGACGCACAAGAUGAGCCGCAACCUCACCAAGCUGUACAACGAAAUCGCUGUCCGGGAACUCCAGGGAACCGGCGUGACCGUGUGGGACAGUACCAUACCCUUAUCCGCCCAGUACAACGACGCCUGUGCGAAAAAGAAUCGAAAUACACCUCCGCUCUUCAGGUGGAAAUGCAACGACGCUCGACACCUAGGCUACAUCGUGGUGGACCAAUUUGCUAAUAUGGUGUACAACGCUCUCUGUAACAAAUAUCUGGACCGCGAGGGAGAUUACUGUGGUCUGGAGGAAAGGCGUGUGGUGGAUGGCCUAUAAGAUUUAUGUUGAUGUUUAAAGGGGGAUUUUUUAUACUGGAUAGUGACGAUUAUCCGGUGUAAAUGUGUCGUGGGGAAAGCCUGUAUCUUCAAUUGGGGAUAUUUGUUGAUUUAACAUUAACAUAAAAUUCUUAUAUUACAGCCGUCAACAGGCCACACCUAUUGUGUAUCAAACACACGUUAUAAAAAUGUAUAUGUAUAUUUUGUUCAGUCAAUAAAUGUUGUUAUAUA